AUGACUUCGGUCUCAAUUCCUGGCGCCUUGCUCCAACAACAAAUUCCAAUGCUCUUAAUGCCAAAACAGCAACAGCAUACUGAGCAAACAUCUGGACUUCCAACUGAAAUCGAGAAAAAGACACAAGAUUUAAUUUUAAUGACUGGAGAUGCUGGCCCAAGAAGAUGGAGAAAGACCAAAACUGACUAUCUUAAGAAGUUAGAAACCGAUAACGGUGAUCUUAAGAGUUUAGUUGUAGAAUUGCAACAACAAAUUAGUGGUUUACAAGCUCAGAAUGAAAUUUUACGUGAUCAGCUCAGAUACUUCCAAAGUUGCCUUUCUCAAGCUGCUCCUCUUGUAUUUCAACCAAACGCAAAUCAAGAGUCCAAAUAA